UUUGGAGCUAUCGUAGAGCGUGAUCCUUUCCGUUUCAGAAUGACCCAGUUCAAUUUCCGCUCCACCCCUUGGAAUGCUCGUACGGGCCAUAAAUUGGAAGUUAGGAGGAUUUCGCAAGCAUUAGCAUUCCUGUCUCCUUUAAACCCACGGCUCUUUGUGUUUGAUUCAAAGGGCUGACUAAAUUACCACUACUUGAUUAGCGAAAAGAAGUUUUAGCAAUGGGAAAUUUAAUUGGAAUUGACUCUCACAAGAAGCAACAGAUCGAAGACAUUGCUCAAGAAUUUCUACAAGAGUUUACGUUAGCCUACAACACAGCCUAUGGAGUUGAAUACACAAAGUUAACCUUGAAGGAAAUUGAUGCAGAAUCCUUUGCAGAAGAAAAACCAGCUUAUCAGUUAAUGCAGAGAUCAUGGGAUAGUAUCAAAAAUCCAUUAAAAAUGGGGUAUCUCACAAAGAAAGGAGCAGUUGUCAAGAACUGGAAGAGACGUUACUUUGUGGUUAAUCCUGAUUACUCUGUUGACUAUUUUGAAAAUGAAGAGGCAUAUGAGAAAGGUUUCAAACCCAAAGGCACCAUUUUUCCUUGUGGAUAUGAAGUCAAUGGUAACUUGGAUGAAACAAUGGCAGAGAGAGUAAAGAAUCUGGCAAAACAGAUGAAGGUAGACGAGAAGGAGAUAGGCACCCCAGAAAAGUACCCUGAACACACAUUUGAGGUUUCCCAUUCUAGAAGAAGGUCUUAUCUCAUCACCGCUGAAAAUGAUGAAGACAAGCAUGCCUGGAUUGAAGCUUUCAAAGUUUGUUGCAGAAAAGCUGAAGGAUUGAAAAGUGAAGAUGCCGUGGGCCGUGCUGCUUUUAAAGUGGCUUUGUGGAAGACGUACUGGAGGUACAGAGUUGAAGGAACAGAGGAACAGGUUCUCAGUGAUAUCCUUGUGGACAGGAUCAACUAUCGUGUCAUGUCUGAUGUGUACGCCGAGAUUCGAGGAGGCUGGACAAUGAAGCAAAAGAUCAGAGAGCAGGUUGUGAAGACUUUAGAUUCUCUUGUAAUGGCUAUGGUCAUUCCAUCAUGGAAAGGAAUGCAGGAAUCUUCUCAGCAAAUGAAAACAGCCCUUGAGCCAACUAUAAAAGACAAAAAGGAUGAACUGGCUGCCGUGCAGCGCAAAGUCAUGUGGGAUUUAUCAGAGCUUCUGAAAAGUACUGUGGAAAAAGUGUUGAAGGACAUGGAAGAGACCAUGAAAGAAAUGAGUAAUCUUUUAAGAACAAGGAUGGAACAAGGUUUGGCAGAGUUAAGGAAAAUCUUCAUCAAGAAAAUCGAUGAAGUCAUUGAGAAAGCAAAGAACACUAAUGAAAUUGAAGCAUCCUUACCUUCAUUCUUCCAGACGUUGGACAGAGCGCCUCGUUCAUUGUCCGUGUUGUACGAUGCUUUAGUUUGCAUUCGCUUUGUGAGCGCGCUCCACGAGAAGUUUCAUGAGCGUAUCAACAAACUGAACGGUCAUCUGGUGACAGACAUCGGAUCUGACAAGUUGGCUCAGCUUCUGGACUCAGCCAUGUUUACUUUUGAGGAACGUUUGAAUGAAGGAAUCUCUGGUACUGACGCGAAGGCAAACGGUGAAACAGCCGCGGACAUAAUGAAAGUCGUUAAGGAGGAAGUCCUUUUGAAAUACGACGAGGACCAAAAAGUCGUGCUUGAAGAGUACUUGAUGGAGUCAAUGCUGUGCAUGUUGGUGCCUCACACCCACAGCUUCACGGAUGAAGUUUGCAAACCAAUGAUCAAACCAGUGGAAAGUAGCAUACCAGACCCCCUCCGUCAAGCAAUUUCACUCAAUGACAAAUAUGAUACCUACGUGGAAACGAGCUUACGGGACACAAUUAAGAAAGUUUGUGGCAUCGGAGGUUCACCAGUGGCUCAACCAAGUGGCGAGCCCACAACCGAAGAAGAGAAGACCGUGGAACCGAAAGCCGAUGAGCAGGCGAAAGACAAUGAUAAAACCUCGACUGAGCAACCCCAAGCUGAAGAGAAGGCCGGAGAAAAACCGGAUGAGACCGCAAAUGGGAACUCUGUAGAGGUCGAAGAGAAACCAAGUGAGGGCGACGAGAAACAGAAUGAGCUUGAAGAUAAGUCGAGUAAGGCCGACGAGAAACCAAGUGAGGACGAAGGGAAACCGAGUGAGGCCGAAGGUAAACCAAGUGAGGACGAAGGGAAACCGCGUGAGGCCGAAGGGAAACCAAGUGAGGACGAAGGGAAACCGAACGAGGCCGAAGAGAAACCAAAUGAGGACGAAGGGAAACCAAGUGAGGAUGAAGGGAGACCGAACGAAGCCGAAGAGAAACCGAUUGAGGCUGAAGUGAAAACGGAAGAACCUGAAACCGAGAAAUGUGAACUAACAACAGAGCUUUGAAAAUUGCUGCCAAGAUAACUUAAUGUAGACAAGUAAACUCUUACUGAAAUCCCACAAUAUACGGGGGCUGUACUGUUAGACUCUCUUCUUUCUACAACAGAAUUUAAGUGUAGGAAUACAUUAACGAGAGUCGCCAGAAAGAAAUAGGCUGUCAAUUGCCUCACGAAGCUGUUUGAAUGGGAUGUUAGCUUAUGAAACAAAUUCGUAUUCCUACUGUACAGUUACUUGAGUUCCACAGAAAAUACCUCUCGAAACCAUGGUUUAGUUGAGCAGCUCUUUUAAACGGUAAUGGAAAAAAAUUCAUAUGUGCAUAUCCGUUUUUCGAAGUAUUUUUGUAUUAACCACACUUUACACAGGAAAGUAAACUUAGAAAUGAGUA